AUGACGACCUAUAUUCCAGCCCUCACCUUACCAGACUCGGUCUUUCUUAAGCCGGCUUUGUCGGUUUUGCUACCUAUCGGCCUCGGCACAGCUGUUGGCUUCAGCGCUACUCAAACCCAAAAGACAUACCUUGCGUUGAAGAAGCCCAAGGUUCAACCUCCACCAUGGUUGUUUGGACCCGUUUGGACCGUUCUUUACGGUGUCAUGGGAUAUGCCGCCUACCGAGUUGCUAACAUUGGUCUUUCUCCUUUCUCAUCUCCCGAGACUAUCGUCAACACCCGACAGGCAAUGACUCUUUACUCUGUUCAACUUGGCCUCAACCUUAUCUGGACCCCUCUCUUCUUCGGCCUCUACCGCCCCAUUGAGGCUUCAGUUGACAUUCUGACACUGCUCGGAGUCAACGGCUACCUCACCUACCUCUACAGCUCUAUCGACCCCGUCUCUGCUUGGCUGCAGGUUCCUUACCUCGGCUGGCUCACCUUUGCUACCUACCUGUGCACUACCAUUGGACACUUGAACAACUGGGACCUUGCAAGUGGUGAGGUCAACAACAAGAACAAGAAGCAGUAA